CAUCAUGGCAGGAAUGUGACAGAAUCUCUUUGAUUCAUCAAAAGGAUGUCUUGGCCUGCUCUGUACGCUCAGUUAUUAGGAGCAAAUCACCACUCCACCAGUCUCGGGAAGGUCUGGCUCUCAGUCUUGUUUAUUUUCCGGGUCAUGGUUCUGGUUGUUGCUGCUGAGAGAGUGUGGGGCGAUGAGCAGUCGGACUUCACAUGUAACACUCUCCAGCCAGGCUGUGAGAAUGUCUGCUAUGAUCACUACUUCCCUCUCUCUCACAUCCGUCUCUGGUGUCUUCAGCUCGUGUUUGUCUCUACACCAACCUUUCUGGUUGCCAUGUAUGUGGCCUAUCAGAACCAUAGAGAUAAGAAAAGGCUCCUGCAGGGCUCUGCCAGAGCUGGAUUCCACAGCACCAAGGCCCAGGAGGCAGAACUGGGGAGUUUGAAAAGACGGAGACUCCCGCUUGCUGGCGCCCUCUGGUGGACGUAUGCCUGCAGCCUGGUGUUGAAGCUGGUGUUUGAAGGAGGCUUCAUGUAUGCCCUCUACGUGGUGUACGAUGGCUUCAGGAUGCCGCGGGUGGUGCAAUGUGACCAGUGGCCAUGUCCUAACUUGGUGGAUUGCUUUAUCUCACGCCCCACAGAGAAAACCAUCUUUACUGUCUUCAUGGCAAUAACCUCUUCCAUCUGCAUGGUCCUCAACAUGGCUGAACUUGCUUACCUUAUUGCCAAGAAUGUCACGAGGUAGAGAUUCUAGGUAGACUGAUUGAAAGAAU